AUGGCCCUUCCUGCGACCCGCUCUUUCGCCCCCCGAGCCCUCGCCCGCCCAGCGCUCGCCCACAGCCCCCUCCCCUCGUCCUCCUCUCGCUGCUCCCUCCUCUCUCCACCUACUCGAGGCAUCUCCACGGUCCCGUCUGCGGAAGAAAACCCUCGCUCGGCCCUCGCCGUCCCAUUAAAAGACAUCAAAUUCCUCUCUUUCCCCCCGGUCACCCCCCACGCCCCAACCCACCACGUUCACGUGGCCACCCUCCACCUCCAAUCCCACCAUCCCUACAACCUCGACCUCCUGUCGCAGUUUGCCGUCCACUCGGCCCAUUCGCUCCAAAUCCCCACCUCUUUGCCAGCAUUCUUGCCGAAAAAGAAGGAGCUGCAUACAGUGCUGAAGAGUCCCUUUGUGAAGAAGAAGGCGCAGGAGAAUUUCGAGAGGUGGACGCACAAGAGGGCUAUCAAAGUCUAUGACGCGGAGAAGGAGGCGGUGGAUCUGUGGCUGAGGUACUUGAGACAGAACGGACUGCCGGGUGUGGGCAUGAAGGCGUAUAUCCACGAAUACGUGGAUUACGGGUUUGGGGAGCAGUUGGAAGAUGUCAACGAGGUAGAGAUGGAGGUGCAAGACAAGAGAAUUGCCGAGGCAGCGGACGAGCUCGUCAAGAGCUUGACUGAAGGAGAAGAGGUGAAGGGCGUGGAUCAAGGGAGCGAGGGCGUGAAAAAGAUUGUAGAUGCGGCCAAAGAGGAUAAAUCAGCCGAGAAACUCAAGGGGGAGGCCAAGGAGUCUUCAUAG